CAAAUGCAAAUGUGAAGACACAAAAGCAACAACUAGUUUUCAAUCAAGUCUAGCAAGCUUUCAUUACAUGCAGAAGCAGAACAGUAUAAAGUCCCUGUUUACUCCCAACCAGUUCAUCAUUUUGUCCUAGACCUCAGCCUACAGAGAUGCAGAGAAGAUUCACCACCACGCAGGCUUUGCAAAUCAUUCUGGGUGACGCAAGCCUUCUUGACUCCGAUGCAGAUGAGAUCGACAUUGAAGAGGAAUCUGAACCGGAGCAGUUUUCGGAGGCCGAUUCUGAGGACGAUGCUCCCCAUCCCCUGAAAAAGAAUCCUCGGCUUGAUACCACGGUAACAGAGACUGCUAAAGAUGGCACAGUUUGGCGUAAAGAAGAAGUUGGACGACAUCUGCAUUUCACUCCUAUUGAACCUUACGCUGCAGAUGGAGAGAUGCUUCGCACCAUUCAAGCCUGCACAAUUCAGCAUGCAAGAGACACAGAGACUGUGGAUUGGUUCAUGGCUGUUCCAGAAUUGAUGGCAUUCAUAGCAAUUAUCAUCUGGCGAGGGGUGAAGAAGGUUCCAUCCUUGUCUGACAACUGGUCCAAGAUGUAUGGAAACAAAGAGAUCAUGGCAACAAUGGCUAGAGACCGCUUCCAAAAAAUCAUGCAACACCUUCGCUUUGAUUGCAAGGACACCCGGCAUGAGCGAGUGCAGACAGACAGGUUUGCAGCAAUUUCAGAACUAUGGGAAUCAUUUCGGAAGAACUGUGUCAAAUUCUACAGACCUGGUCGGCACAUCACCAUUGACGAACAGCUGUACCCAUCAAAAACACGUUGCCCUUUUCUGCAGUACAUUGCCACAAAACCAGAUAAGUUUGGAAUAAAAUUUUGGGUGGCGUGCGACCUGAAAUCCAAGUAUAUCUGCAAUGUUUAUCCCUAUGUUGGCAAAGACCCCAGUCGUCCCAAAGAAGAGAGACUGUCUGAGAGUGUGGUUAUGAAGUUGAUUGAACCAUUUCUGGAUCAGGGCAGAACCGUCACAACGGACAAUUUCUUCACGUCAAUUUCACUUUCCAAAAAGUUGCUCAGCCGGAAAACCACCAUCAUUGGGACAGUCAAUAAGAUUCGCAGAGAAAUUCCUCCUUCUGCGAAAGUGAAAAACUGCAGUGAGUUCAGCACUCAGGUGUUUACAACAACUAACGCCACAUUGACUGUUUACGCAGCCAGCCGGAAGAAGACGGUCUAUGUCAUGAGCAGCAUGCAUGGGCUCAUUCAGACUGAGGACACACACAAAAAAAAACCAACCACCAUCACCCAGUACAACAAAACAAAAUGUGGGGUGGAUUCCAUGGACCAGAUGGUGCGGGAAUACUCCGUACGAGCUGGAACAAGAAGAUGGCCAGUGGCUGUGUUCUAUAACAUGGUGGACAUGGCAGCCCUGAACGCCUAUGUGCUUUAUCAAGCCUGCACAGGAAGAAAGGAAAGGCGGCCAGAUUUUUUGAUGCAGCUUGCCAGUGAGUUGGACGCGUCUCAUGUGACAGCGAAGCAGAUUGAAAGGGACAACGGUCUUCGCAAACAGGCUGCUGAACCAGAGGAACCUGCCAAAAGGAAAAAGUGCCAAGUCAGGAACCAGUGCAGAACCUUUUAUCCAGCCGUUUACCGAGAAAACUUCUGCAUCGAAGUUCUACCAACCAGCCAGGGUCCAGCUGCUGCUGCUACAGCUAAGCCGAAUAACCAGCUGAGCCUCAGAAAGUGUCUGGACCCUACAAAGUCCAGCCAGGUAGAAGGCCCGCCUCCCCUGAACAAUCCCAUCGCCACUCCGACCGUAUCAGAUUCUAAAUUCAGCAGUGCCAAUAAAUCCAGUAGCCACCAUUCAGCAUGGUGGAAGAAGAGGAGAUUUUCAAACGAGUAA